AUGGCUUUUCAAUUAUAUCUAAGGGCUGCAAAUAAUGGAAAUGAUGAUGCGCUAUAUGAACUAAGUUUAUUAUACGAAUCAGGAGCUGUCUCUUAUACACAUCUAGAUGUGUAUAAGAGACAGCUAUAUGAAUUAAGUUUAUUAUACGAAUCAGGAGAGGGGGUUGAUAAAAAUGAAAAAAAGGCAUUUAAAUUAAUUAAGGAAUUGGCCGAAAAAGACCAUGUAAAUGCUAUGUUUAUACUUGGAAAUUACUAUAAAAAAGGAACCGGCACUGAAAUGGAUAAAAAGAUGGCCUUUCAAUCAUAUAAAAAGGCUGCAGAAAAUGGAAACGAUGAUGCGCUAUAUGAAUUAAACCAUAUAAACGCCAUUUUUCAACUUGGAUAUUAUUAUGACGAAGGCAUUGGUACUAAUCCUGAUGAAAAUGAGGCCUUUCGAUUAUAUAAACUAGCCGCGGAUAAAGGAAAUAAUGAUGCGAAGUGUAAAUUAUUAUUUCUUGAAUUGAUAGAAGAAAAUUCAGAUGUUCAAUUUCUGUCCGGAUAUUACUUUGAAGAAGGAAUUGGCACUAAAAAAGAUAAAAAUAUGGCUUUUCAAUUAUACGAAAAGGCUGCAAAAAAUAGAAACGAUGAUGCGCUGUGUAAAUUAGGUUUAUUAUACGAAACAGGAGAGGGGAUUAAUAAAAAUGAAAAAAAGGCAUUUCAAUUAAUUAAGGAAUUGGCCGAAAAAGACCAUGUAAAUGCCAUGUUUAUACUUGGAGAUUACUAUAAAAAAGGAAUUGGCACUAAAAAAGAUAAACAUAGGGCCUUUCAAUUAUAUAAAGAGGCUGCAGAAUAUGGAAACAAUGAUGCGCUAUAUGAACUAAGUUUAUUAUAUGAAUCAGGAGAGGGGGUUAAUAAAAAUGAAGAAAUGGCAUUUAAAUUAAUUAAAAAAUUGGCCGAAGAGGAUUAUAUAAAGGCCUUUUCGAAACUUGAAUGGUAUUAUUACAAAGGAAUUGGCACAGAAAUCAAUACAAAAAAAGCGAUUGAACUACCUUUUAAAUAUUAUAAAGGGUCAGCAAAAAAAGGACAUUCAAAAGCUCAGUUUAAACUUGGAAUGUGUUACAAUUUUGGAAUUGGUACUAAGAUACAUAAAAAGAAAGCAUUUCAUUUAUACACAAAAUCUACAAUAUCUGCAAAAGAAGGCCAUAAUGUUGCACAAUAUGAAUUAAGUAUAUUAUACGAGACAGGAGAAGGAGUUAAUAAAGAUGAAAAAAAAUCUUUUGAAAUAAUUGAAGAAUUAGCUAAUAAGGGAGAUGUAAGUGCUCAACAUAGACUUGGUUACUAUUAUGAAAAAGGAAUUGGGACUGAUGUAAAUAUAUUAAAAGCACUUGAAUUAUAUCAUACGGCUGCAGAAAACGGAAUCACAGAGGCUAUAAAAAGUUCAUCUAGUUUACUAUUUAAAUUAGGAGAAAAAAUUAUAAAAGGUGAGACUAAAGCAUUUGAAAUAGUUGAAUUAUAUCAAACAGCUAAGGAUAAUGGAAAUUUAAAGGCUAUAAUGAGUUUAGAAAGGUUACUGUAUGAAUUAGGAGAUAAGAGGAAGGCAUUUGAUAUAGUCAAAGAAUUGGCUGAUAAGGGAUAUGCAAAUGCUCAACAUAGACUUGGAUACUAUUAUGAAAAAGGAAUUGGGACACAUAUUAAUAUACUAAAAGCACGUGAGUUAUAUACAAUGGCUGUAAUUAACGAAAAUGUAGAGGCUUUAAAAAGUUUAAAUGAUCUAAUAUCAAAUCACGCGAUAUAUAAUGAAUUACGCUAA